CCCCCCCCAGCACGGACAGACCCCCCUGAUGCUGGCGGCGCGGGGGAACCACGCUGCCAUCUGCGCCCAGCUCCUGCAGAGAGGGGCCGACCCCAACAUGGCCGACAAGGACAAGAAGACGGCGCUGGCGCUGGCCUGCGAGCGCUGCAGCCUGGAGUCGGCCGAGCUGCUGCUGAGCCACGGGGCGGCCCUGGGGGACGAGGACCGCGGGCGCUUGGCCACCCAGACCCCCAGCCGGGCCCUGCGGCGGCUCCUGCGCCGUGCCCGCCACGGGGGAAGAGAGAAUGGGAACUCGGCGCCGAAGGGAGAGGAGAGCCCCAGCAGCGAGAGCGAGGAGGAUGAGGAUGAUGAGGAGGAUGAAGAGCAGUGGGAUGGGUGCACCGUGCGGCGGCUGCGGGAGCGGCUGGCGAGGAAGAGGAGGGAAUGCCAGCGGCUGGCGGCCACCGCCGAGGGCAUCCGGCAACGGGUGCGGGAGCUGGCGCGGCUCCUGCCCGGCUGCCACGGCACGGAGGGUGAGGAUGAGGAUGGAGCCUGCCUGGCCCUGCUGGCCCAGCACGUGGGCGAGCUGAGGAAGAGGAUGGCAGAGGAGAAAGAAGAAGAAGAAGAAGAAGGGGAUGGAGGAGGAGGCCAAACCCCGGGUGAUGCCGAGGUGCCGGCGUUGUUGCCCUUCUUGGCCUGGUUGGGGGAUGAGUGUGGCAAGAUGAGGGUGGCCAAGGCCAAGGCCGUGGCCCGGAGCAAGGGGCUGAGGAAGGAGGUGGAGGAAGCCCUGAGGAGCAAACUGCACUACGAGGUGGUAUCGGCCGAGGCCGUGCGGAAAAGCCUGGCAGCUUGGGAGAAGCUGGUGGUGGAGCUGGAGCGGGUGCUGAGCCUCGCCGACCAGGCCCACGCCAAGAUCCUCCAAGGAUCCCGGUCCCUCCUGGAAAACCUCCAACGGGAGCAGACGGUCCCACCAUCCACUGGGAAAACCCCUUCUCCCUGCCCAGUGAACGGCACGGAGCCCGCUCCGGGUGGGAAGAGCUUGGAGAAGGAGGUGGUGGAGCUGAAGGAGAGCAACGGGAGGCUCCUGGGGGAGCUGGCCCGGCUGGGGGGCGAGAGGGAACGGCUCCAGGAGGAGCUACGGGGGCUACGGGAGAAGGAGGAGAGCGGUGCCCAACCCUCAGCCACCGGUCCUGAUGUGGCUACCUUGGCCCAGGAGCUGGUGGCCCAGCGGGAGGAGGUGGGGAGGCUGCGGAGGAGGCUGGUGGGGCAGCGGAGGGAGCUGGCGGCGCGGGCGGCCGAGCGGGAGCGGGAGGUGCAGGAGCUGCGGGACACGGCGCGGGGGCUGGAGCGCAGCCUGGGCAACCUGCGGGGCAGGGCGGGCCAGCUGGCCACCGCCUGCCGCGACAAGGACGGCAAGACCCUCGCCCAGCGGGAGGAGGUGGGGAGGCUGCGGAGGAGGCUGGUGGGGCAGCGGAGGGAGCUGGCGGCGCUGAGGGACGGGGUGGGCGAGAGGGUGCGGGAUGGGGGGACCGGGGGAGACGUGGGGGCCGGGGUGCUGCGGGAGCUGCACCGCAAACUGGACGGGCUGAGAUGGAGGGCGACGGUGGGGAUGGGAUGCUGGGAGAGACGGAGGGCGAGGAGAUGGUGGAUGGUCCCAAUGGGGUGGGGGUGA